CUUCAGCAUGCACGCUCCAGAUAAUUUCAUGUGAGGAAAAUAAGAAUCACAGCUGGAAGUUGUUGAUUUCCUGAAAAUAUCAUCCAGUAUCAGUUGAAAGGAUGCGUCUGCUGCAACACCACAACUGGAGGUAACCCAAGCCGUCUGUGCUGUCGUUCUCCUUCACAACCCAUAGGGGAGAUGGUCCACUGGACUGCACAAUGGGAGUCAUUCAUCUGGCUCCAAACUUUGUUGACUUUAGCCCUUUCAAGCUGCCCUUCACUGGCCCCCAGUCCUGUGAACUUCUCAGUUGUCUACACCAUGCCCUUCUUUCAGGCCAAGGGUCCCAUCCAGAACAUCGUCAACAACUCCUUUUACCAGGAGGUCUAUGUGGCGUCACAGAAUGUGAUCGAAGCUAUCAACAGGAGCUUGGAGAAAGUCUGGGAGCUCCGAACUGGACCAGCUGGAAGCCCAGAGUGUCAAAUAUGUGAAUUAUGUGACAUUGAAAAGGAUUACAAUUUUGUAGAGAACACUAACAGCCAAGUACUGCUAUUGGAUACUUUCUUUAUGUACUUGUAUUCUUGUGGAAGUUCUCAGUUUGGUGUGUGCUAUUUCCAUCAGCUCAACUCUAAUGGAGAGCCACCUUCUCGUACAAAGUGUUUGUAUCGAAAGGACUCAAACUCUGCUGCUUACUGUCCUGAUUGUGUGGCCAGCCCCUUUGGGACCAAAGUCUCCAUGGUGGAAGAAGGCCACACUGUCUACUUCUUUGUUGCAGCUUCAGUCAACGACAGUGUGACCCAGCGUUAUGGGAGGAAAUCCAUUUCUGUACGCAGGCCACUCGCCACAGAGGACGGUUUCUAUAGUGAUGUACGAGGACUAACUGUUCUUCCCAGCCUGCGUAGGGCUUACCACAUUGAAUAUGUCUACAGCUUCUUCACCCAGGAGUUCGUCUACUUCCUCUCAGUCCAGAGAGAAAGUCCGGAUCAAGACUUGUCCCCUUUUCAGACUCGUUUAGGACGGCUCCCUCGGAGUGAGUGGGAGAUGAAGAGGUAUCGAGAGUUGAUCCUGGAGUGUCGCUUUGAGCCGAAGCGCAGGCGGAGGAACAUACCUGGAGAACCCUAUAAGGAUAUCGUCUACAAUGUGGUCCAAGCAGCCUAUUUUGGGAAAGCAGGCAGGGAGUUGGCAGAGGAGUUGGGGGCAGAGGAGGAUGAAGACAUCCUCUACGGCGUGUUUGCUGUCACAGAUGACAACGGGGUCACAGAGGAGGAUUCUGCUUUGUGCGCCUUUCCCAUGGACAACGUCAAUAAAGCAAUUUCGGAUGGGGUGGAUGAUUGCUGUGAGUCUGGACCAGAGCAGCUCUCCAGAGGACUUUGCCAUUUCCAGAUUUGUGAGAGCUGUCCUCAUGAGAGCAUGGAGAACAAUGCCACAUGCAGAGACCAUCCCACCAUGGUGUCCAAGCCCUACUACAGAGUGGACCUCUUCAACAGAAAGAUGACAAACGUCCUGCUUACUUCCCUCCUGGUCACAACUAUAGACAGCAAGACUGUUGCACACAUUGGCACUUCGACUGGACGUCUGCUGCAGCUUGUCCUGACGAGAUCCAGCCCGGUCCUUUUUGCCAAUUAUUCUUUAGUGGAGAAUCAGAGGGUUUCAUCCAUCGCUGCUGUGUACUCAACAGAGUAUCUACUUUUUGUGGUUGGAGACAAGAUGAUCCAAGUACCCCAGAGAGGGCCCGGCUGCCAACACUUCAUGACCUGUGCUAUGUGUCUGACGGCCCCAAAGUUCAUGGGCUGUGGCUGGUGCUCUGGGGUGUGUUCAUGGAGGAGCGAGUGUCAAAGUCGAUGGAGGAACGACUCUUGUCCACCAGUGAUUACAGGGUUCUCUCCACGCACUGCCGCCCCUGAUGGUCAAACAGAGCUGACCGUAUGUGGGAGGGAAUUCCAGUCUCCCUUAAGACCCGCCAUCACCUCCAGAACCCACCAGAUCCGACUGGGACACACGGCCUGCACCGUGAACUCUCUGAAAAGCAACAACACACACUUAGUGUGUAAAAUCCGCUCCGGAACCACCAACUUAUCCAAACCAGUCAGCAUCACAGUGGAAGUGCACGAGGACAGAGUGGAGAGCCGUUACACUAUUGAUGGGAAGGCAGAAAUGCCAGGGUUUACAUUUGUGAUUCCCAACAUCACAAAAAUUAAGCCCAACUAUGGGCCUCGCAUUGGUGGAACCCUUAUCACAGUGACUGGACCUCACCUGGAUGCUGGAAAGACCAGAAAAGUCACCCUCAAUGAUGUCCCCUGCCCAAUACAAAGGGUGACUGAGUCAAAAGGGAAUAUUUCAUCCAUCAUCUGUUUGUCUCAGGCCAUCUCAGAGGUGCGGGACGUCCCUCUGAGAGUUUUCAUUGACAAGUCCCGCGUUCACACAACCAAAGUGUUUUAUUACAAAGAAAACCCAAACAUUACAGCCGUGCGGCCUGAUUGCAGCUUUAACAGAGGCUCAAAAAUUGUGAUUGAAGGGCAAAACCUGGAUUCUGUUUAUCGCACCGUCAUUCGCUUUAGCCCCAGUGAAAGCCACCUGAAACCGGUUACAGCGGAGUGCAUAGGCAAGUCCAAGAGCAACAGAAUGGAAUGCAUUACUCCCGUGUUCCAAAGAGACGAGACGGAAAAGGGAGAACUUUCCUUUGAUAUGGAUGGAGCGAUUGGCCUUUGGAAAAAAGAGUUUUCCUAUCACCCCUCCGGCGAGCCCAUACCUUUUGAAACAGAUGAGCAUGUGCUGAGUUUGUACCCAGGGUUUGAUGAAGUCUCACUUCAUCAUAAAAAGCUGAACCUGGUGAGCUCCUGUAUGACCAUCAUCAUGGCGGUAGCUGAUGUGGAUUGCAAUGCUAAAGUCCUGGACAAUGAGAUCACCUGCAGAAUCCCCAAAAAUAUGUCCAUCCCCAGCGAGGGGCUGCCGGUGAAGAUAUCGAUCAACGGUGAGGUUUACGACGUCGGUGUUGUGGUGAGGGUCAGCAACCACUACAUGGUGGGAAUCGUUCUGGGGAUCCUGGUGGCUCUGGUGGCCGGAGCUGUGCUGGCUUUUGUCGUCAUGAAACAUUUGAGAAAGAAGAAGAAAGCCUCCAUGGUGGAGGCACGUUUGGCCAUUGGUUCUAUCCGCUCGGGUGCAAUUCCUCUGGACCUGUCACCUGUGGGAGACUACAGAAGAGUAAUCUCCCUCAGUCCUCCCACCCCUCUGGUGGGUUCAGUGGCUUUCCAAAGUCUGUCGUACUCCGCGAGUGGCAUAGAUCCGGUCCUCACUCCCCUCAUGCCCACAGAGAAGAUCUCCAUCUCCAGCUUUAGGCCCGAGCUGCUGGAGGAGGUAAAAGAUGUUCUCAUCCCCGCCGAGACGCUUGUUGUGCAGCAUCACCGCAUAAUAGGGAAGGGCCAUUUUGGAACAGUCUAUCAUGGCUACCUAUCAGACUCCUCCAGCAGGGAAAUCCACUGUGCUGUUAAGUCAUUGAAUAGAAUAACAGACGUUGAAGAGGUGGAGCAGUUCCUAAAAGAAGGCAUCAUAAUGAAGGGUUUCCACCACACCAAUGUGCUGUCUCUGCUGGGCAUCCUCCUGCCACAGGAAGGGCUCCCCCUAGUGGUCCUGCCAUACAUGAAACAUGGGGACCUGCGCCACUUUAUACGCUGCGAGAAGAGGAACCCGACUGUGAAGGACCUCAUCGGCUUUGGACUGCAGGUUGCUAAAGGGAUGGAGUACUUGGCUCAGAAAAAGUUUGUGCAUAGAGAUCUUGCAGCACGUAAUUGCAUGCUGGAUGAGUCCUACACUGUGAAGGUAGCAGAUUUUGGGAUGGCCAGAGAUGUUUUUGAUAAGGAAUACUACAGCAUUCAAGACCACAGGAAGGCUAAAUUACCUGUUAAGUGGAUGGCCAUUGAGAGUCUGCAGACACAGAAGUUCACCUCUAAAUCCGAUGUGUGGUCUUUUGGAGUGCUGAUGUGGGAGAUGUUAACCAGAGGAGCCAGCCCUUACCCAGAUGUGGAUCCAUAUGAUAUAACAAAUUACCUAAUGAAGGGCAGGAGGCUUCCUCAGCCGCAGUACUGCCCUGACCCAUUGUAUAAAAUCAUGCUGCAGUGCUGGGAUCCUGACGCAGAGCUCAGGCCGAGUUUUUCCACUCUGGUGUCGGCGGUCUCGACCAUUCUUUCAGGCCUGGAGGGAGAACACUACAUCAGCCUGAAUGUCACCUAUGUGAACCUGGACCAGCCGCGCCCGUACCCUGCCCUCACCGAGUCUGCAGACGAGUACGACUCUUCAGAAGACUCGGGAGGCUCCGACUCUUCCUGAUCCUCCCCUCCCAGUCUCUACACUUUAAACUAACGUUGGUACAUUUGAAGCAUGUAUGAACUAUUCAAUGCUGCAAAUAUAUCUUUCAGUCACCUCACUUGAGUGGCAUGACUGCUGAGUGCAUGUUUUUAUUGAAGGAGGGAUUUAGCUGAGCCACAGUGGAAAGAAUUUGAAAAAUGUUAUUUAAAUGACUAUUUAAGGAUAUUUUUUCUGACCUCUGGACCAAGAGCUGCCUCAAACCCAUUUUAAGCAUUUUAAAGAAAGUAAAAAAAUAAAAUCCUGCUUGGAGGAUUGUCAGCAAAAGAGCAGCAAAGGUAAUUUGAGUCUCAAAUCCAAAUAAUUCAUCAUGUUGGGAGAGAUUUUCUAAUUUUUGCUUUUCAACAGAAGAACAAACAAACAAACAAAAAAUGAUGUGUUCGUAGGUUUAUGUUAAGGAGCGCUUCUGUUCCCGGUUUGUCAUUUGAGAAUCACACUGGACCUAUCCCAGCUACUUCAGAGCGAAGGGAGGGUAAAUUCUGGACAGUUUCCCAGUUCAUCACAGGACCACACACUCACAUUUACUCCCAUGGGAAACUUCAGUCAUCAAUCAACCAAUGGAACAUGCGUUUGGACUGUGGGAGGAAGCGCUUGGAGAACAUGCAAACUGCAUACAGGAAGGACUUCAGAGAUUUGAACAGAGCUGACAGUGCUAACCACUACACCACAGAUCCUGUAGAGUCAGUCUUCAGAUUCAGAUUUGUGUAAUAGAUUUAUGUACAGGGGCCAACGGUUUCCCUUUGAAAUGUCAAUAUUUCUGUCACAGACAGGUGUUGUUUGACCAUUACAUAAGUUUGUGGUUAUAAAUUAUGAAUCAGUGAAGACUCAUUUCUGUCUGGAUCUACAGUUUGUGCAUUUGAUCCAAUGUAAAAUGUUCCUAUUUGGAGCACCUCCGUUUGACAACUUCAGAAAAAAUAAAAAAUAAAACUGGAAUAUGAAAAAGGAUCUUAACAAAAUCUAUGUAUGAUGUGAAAAGAGAUGUUAAAGAAGUAACAUCUAAUGUUGUAUACAUUUAUGACAGCAUUAAAAUUUGUGUUGGUAACAAAAAAUCUUGUUUUUCUUAAAAAAAA